AUGGGUACUCAGAAGAAAGAAAAACAAAGAAGAAUAAGAGAAAAUGAUGUUCGUGAUGGGAACCUUCGUGUUAAAGGUGAAAACUUUUAUAGAGAUGCCAAAAAAGUUAAACAUUUAAACAUGUAUAAGCAAGGUAGAGCCAUACGAAAUGCUAAAGGUGAUAUAAUAAGAGCAGCCGCUUUACAAAGCACAGAUGCUCCUACUGCAAGAGUUGAUCCAAACAGAAAAUGGUUUGGUAAUACAAGAGUUAUUGCCCAAGAUUCAUUAACCCAUUUUAGAGAAGCCAUGGGAGAAAAGAAGAAUGAUUCAUAUCAAGUUUUACUUAGAAGAAAUAAGUUGCCAAUGUCUCUUUUGGAAGAAAAAGACCAAACUGAAUCUCCUACUGCUAAAAUAGUCGAAACAGAAUCUUUUUCACUGACUUUUGGUCCAAAACAACAAAGAAAAAAACCAAGAGUUGCUGCAUCAAGCUUGGAAGAUUUAGCUUCUACUGCUGAAUCUGAUUCUGUGGCAUACCAAGAAAAUGAAGAGUUAAAUUCCACAUUAGGAUUGAUGGGUGGUUCGAUCUUGGAUAAGGAUGAUUUUACUCAAGAAGCUAAAGAGGCUAUUUUCCAUAAAGGUCAAUCUAAACGUAUUUGGAAUGAGUUAUAUAAAGUUAUUGAUUCCUCCGAUGUGGUGAUACAUGUCCUCGAUGCUAGAGAUCCUUUAGGUACAAGAUGUGAAUCUGUUGAAAAGUAUAUUAAAGAUGAAUGUGCUCAUAAGCAUUUGAUUUAUGUGUUGAAUAAGUGUGAUUUAGUUCCAACUUGGGUUGCGGCUGCUUGGGUCAAACAUUUAUCCAAAUCAUUUCCUACUUUAGCUUUCCAUGCAUCCAUUACAAACUCGUUUGGUAAAGGUUCCUUGAUUCAAUUGUUACGUCAAUUUUCUACAUUGCAUUCUGACCGUAAACAAAUAUCUGUCGGUUUUAUCGGAUAUCCAAAUACAGGAAAGUCAUCUAUUAUAAAUACUUUACGUCGUAAGAAGGUAUGUACAGUUGCUCCAAUUCCUGGAGAAACCAAGGUUUGGCAAUAUAUUACCUUGAUGAAACGUAUUUUUUUAAUUGAUUGUCCUGGUAUUGUUCCUCCAUCCUCAAAAGAUACAGAAGCUGAUAUUUUGUUUAGGGGUGUAGUAAGAGUAGAACAUGUUUCUCAUCCUGAACAAUAUAUACCUAUAAUGUUACAAAAAUGUGAAAGAAAACAUCUUGAACGUACAUAUGAAAUUAAGGGCUGGGCUAAAUUUGAAGAAAAUCCUGAAUUAUUGGAACAAGCAAGUACUGAGUUUAUAGAAUUGAUUGCAAGAAAGCAUGGAAGAUUAAUCAAAGGUGGUGAACCAGAUGAAGGUGGUGUUUCUAAACAAAUAUUGAAUGAUUUUAAUCGAGGAAAGAUUCCUUGGUUUGUUCCACCUCCAAAGGACGAAGAAGAACGUACUGGUGAGGACAAGAAGGCUAGUUACAAGAGAAAGAGAAGCGAGAGAGAAGAGCAAAGAGAAGACAAGAAUAAGAAAAUCGCAAAGACAACUGAACAGGAAGAAACUAAAGAGGAAGAAAGUAAUACUGAAUAA